AUAAAAAAAAACACUUGAAACUUGACUUGUAACGUUCAAGUUUAUAGACUUAAAAAAAAGUGUCAAAUUAUUAUAUUUUUUAAUAAUAAUUAGGAAUAAAAAUUACUGCAUUUUAUUAAGUUAAUUAAUUAUCAACUUGAAAUAAUAAUUAAAGAUAAACAAUGGCUGAAAAAAAACCAAAACUUUUGGUAUUUGAUCUAGACUACACUCUAUGGCCAUUUUGGGUUGACACACAUGUGACACCUCCAUUCAAGAAAGGGAAAGACAAUUGUGUUGUUGAUGCUCAAGGAAAAAAAAUAAAAUUCUAUCCAGAUGUACCAGAGUUAUUAAAAAAAUUAAAAAAUGAUGGAUACGAAAUUGGAAUUGCAUCAAGAACAUCAGAGAUAAAAGGUGCAAAUCAAUUGUUAAAAUUAUUUGACUGGGAUAAAUAUAUUGAUUACAAAGAAAUUUAUCCAGGCUGUAAAAUAACACAUUUUAAAAAAAUUAAAAAUGCAAGUGGAGUUAAUUAUGAAGACAUGAUAUUUUUUGAUGAUGAAAAUCGUAAUAUUCGUGAUUUAACUGAAGUUGGUGUACUUUCAAUUCUUGUCAAGGAUGGAGUUGACAAUGGCGUUGUUAAAAAUGCUCUAGAUAAAUAUUCUAGUCAAUAAAUAAUUUAAUUUAUUGAUAAAAUUGGUUCAACAACAUGUGAAUGUUUUUUUUUACUUUUUGUUGGAUGGAUAAAACACUGA